UUCUUUUACUCUCUUGCAAAUCUCAACACAGAACAAAAUUGAUCUUCAAAUUGAGUCACAAUUUUAUUCGUAACUGUAAAUUUUGAUGUUCGUUAAUUCAACCAAAUCAACGGAAAAACAAACAAUCAAAAUCCACACACAAAAAAAAAGACUAUUAAUCAAUGGAAACAAUUAACGGUUCAGAUAAUUUGGUGAGAGAUAAUGAAACUCAUGAUGAUGAGGAUGCUCGUGUUGGUCAGUUGUCGAUAUUAUAUAAAAGUAUCUUGACCAGUGUCGGUGAAGAUUCAACUCGCCAAGGGCUAAUUAAAACUCCCCAACGAGCGGCAAAGGCGAUGCUCUAUUUCACCAAAGGCUAUCGACAGAAAAUCAAAGAUGUUGUCGCCGGUGCUAUUUUUGAAGAGGAUCAUGAUGAGAUGGUGAUUGUCCGAGAUAUUGAAUUGUUUUCACUCUGUGAACAUCAUCUAAUCCCAUUCAUUGGAAAGGUAUCAAUUGGUUAUCUUCCUCGGAAAAAGAUUCUUGGACUGAGUAAAGUUGCUCGAAUCGUUGAGAUGUUUGCUCGUCGACUUCAAGUUCAAGAACGGUUGACCAAACAAAUUGCUCUGGCCAUUACUGAAGCCAUUAAUCCGACCGGUGUUGGUGUUGUUAUUGAAGCAACUCAUAUGUGUAUGGUGAUGAGAGGUGUCCAGAAAUUAAAUAGCAAGACGAUGACCAGUGCGAUGCUUGGUGAGUUUCGAGAUGACCCCAAGACCAGAGAGGAGUUUUUGACCUUAAUUGCUUCUAAAUCUUGACCCAGUAGAUCACAAUUAACUGACAACAAACAAAUACAACGACAAUACAAUGAUGAUGAAAGGGAAACAUGAACAAAACUUUUAAAGUUUCAUCUUAAUCUUAAAGUUAAUUGUUGUUGUUGACUAUUGAAAAUCUAAAUCCAGUUUAAAUUUUAAUCAAUUGUUUGAUGUUAUUAAUAAUAUUUAUCAAUAACAAUUGUUAACUUUAAUUAUUGAUCAAUAUUGUUGGUUUCACGACUGAUUAUCAACAAUUAACAAUUCUGUUUAUCAUUCCCUGUGUUUAAUUAAUAAGCUUGUUGUGUAUUUGUUAUCAAUUAUUAACAAUUGAAUUAAUUUUGAAUGUUUAA